UGACAGUUUCGUGAACGCGCUUGUGUGGUUUUUUCUCGAACAUGGAGGCGAUUCUGUCAGAUCUUGUGGCACCAGAAGAUUUAAAGAGGUUUGAGAAGAAGUACAACGAUGAGCUUGUGAAAGGACCCGUUUCCAAAGACACGACCUUUGAAUACGCCUGGUGUUUGAUCAGAAGCAAGCACACAAAUGACAUCGUAAAAGGCAUUCAUUUAUUAGAAGAACUGGUUCAUAAAAGCAAGAAAGAUGAUCAGAGAGAUUUCCUCUUCUAUCUUGCUGUUGCAAACUACAGACUUAAGGAGUACGAGAGAGCACUGAAGUACAUUCGUACACUUCUGAAGAAUGAACCGGAAAAUAAACAGGCCCUGGAACUGGAGAAACUUAUCAACAAUGCGCUAAGAAAAGAUGGGUUAGUCGGCAUGGCUAUCGUCGGCGGUAUUGGUUUAGGUGUGGCCGGAUUGGCUGGUCUUAUUGGUUUGGCCGUGGCCAAAGGUGCAAAGUCCUAAUAUGGAGAUCCUGAUGAGUGUACUGUGGUUCCGUUCCCCUCCAGACUUAAUCAUUUCUUAUAAUCACCUAAAACCAUAAGGAGGCCUGUGCCUUUUUAUUAUAUAUUUUGCUGCCAAGAUUUUCAUAAUGAGCUAUCAUAUUUGACCACAUUUCUUUUGCUUUAUGAUUCUCCAGCUCUUUCUGGUAUGUAAAGAGAUGUGGGGUUGAAAUAAAGUUAAAAAUGUUAUGCCUUUGCUUUGAAACUUCAACUACAGAGGUUUGCCAAGGAUUUGCAGUACAGAAUAAGAUGUAUUGUAUGCACUUUUUUGGGGUUUUCUCUUUUUUAAUUAAAUAUAUCAAUGUACUUACACUAUAGAUGAUCAAUAUGGAACACUUUUGAUAAACUACAUUAAAACCUCACAUCUGUUAAUAAAUUAAAUUGUGUGCUUACUGAACUUGUAAGGUGUUUUUACAUGCGUUGCACAUUUGAUUUGAAAGUGUCAUGCAUGACCGUCCUUGUAAUGCAUUUUCUUACAAGUCAUCAUUGUCAGCACCGUGUUUAUUACACACUGGUUAACAUGUACUGUCAAGUGUUUCAUCUUCCCUUCCUUGAGUGUUUCCUGUGUGACUUAUUGUAAUAAUAUACUGAAACAUCUGCAAAGAAAAA